AUGAGCUUGGAGGCUAAAGUGGCCACUUCGGCCACAUAUGGCUCCAUCUUAAUUUCUGGUCUGAUCGGGAACCUCCUGGUAAUCUGGGUUAUUUGGAUCUUAAAGAGUAAAAGGUGCAUACAGAGGAGAUUAAGGUACCACAUGGUCAGCAUGGCUUGCUCAGAUCUCCUCAUCCUAACCCUGGGGCUACCCAUUGAAUUGUACAGCAUCAUCUGGUGCCCGUACCCCUGGCCCAUUGGGAAUGUUGGCUGCAAAGGUUUCUAUUUGCUCUGGGAGAUAUGCAGCUACGCGACCAUAUUCAACGUCUUGGCGUUUAGUUUUGAACGUUAUCUGGCUAUCUGUCAUCCGGUGCAAGCCAAGGUCAUGGCAACAUCAAGAACCAAGAAGUUAAUUGGUAUGGUUUGGGGAAUGGCUAUUAUCACAGGGCUCCCUGCUGCCUUUGCAAUCGGUGUGGAAGAUGCUUGGAAGCCCUUCACAUUUGGACCCCAGCCACUACCGCCCCUGUAUAUCUGCACGAACAUUUCUGGACGAAAGGUUAUCUUUGAUCUGGUGAUCUAUAUCUCAUUUUCUCUCUACAUCCUGGUUCUCUUGCUAGUUGCUUUCACCUGUAAACAGAUGAUUAAAACCCUCCUCAAACAUCGACCCGUAUCUGUUGCACUUAGCAGCAUAAACUCCACAGGAAGGCUCCUACCAAAGUUUAAAGAGAUCAGGAGGCAAAAUGUGGUGCUGUUGGGAUGCAUCGUUGCAGCCUUGGCCAUUUGUUGGCUUCCAUUCCAAGCCAGGCGGAUAAUGACGGCUAUGAAAUCCAAAACUCAGUGGACAGAAUAUUACUACAGAUCAUAUCUGACCAUGCAACCUAUUACCAACACUUUCUAUUACCUCAGUUCUGCAAUCAACCCUUUUCUUUACAACAUGACUUCUAAACAGUUCCGCAAGGUGUUUGUGCAAGUACUGAGAAGCUGCUGUCGGUCCAGCCCUGUACCAUCAAGGCAGGAGAGGAACUCGCAAUUAGAUUUGAAACAAAAGUCUAUCUCGUUAAGUGGGAGACAUCCUUAUCCAAGAUUGAAAGAUCUAAAGAAUCGUCUCACUGACUAAUUCCCACUUUUUUCUUUUGAAUGAGGUCUGUGUGAUCAAGAGGACAAGAUCAUCACCUUCUCUGGCACCAAUGCUGUGCACAAUCUCUUGUGCCAAAAAAAAAUGUGCUUCUGGCUUAGAAAUCACUGUAGUUACCAAGGGAUUAAUCCUGAAGAAUUUACUAAAUAAAUUGCACCCUUGCAUCCCUGCUCCUCCCAAUAGGUCCAUAGAUAGACACUCCACCUCCUGCGAUACUGAGACAUUAACAACCAGAAGCUCCCAGCUGCAAUAACCGGUCUGUAAUGAGCUAGCUGAUAUUCAUGUCCACUAUUGUGUUAAUGCCUUCCUAGUGAUGCUGCUUCCUCUGAGUAACGUUCCACACCAGUGAUUUGAGCUCAAACUGUAGGCUGGCAUUUCCAGUGCAAUCCUGAGAGAGUGCUGCACUGUCAGAGGAGCUGUUCUUCAGAUGAGACAUUAAACUGAGGCCCUCCUUGCUCUCUAGGUCAGACAUAAAAUAUCCCAUGGCAAUUUUCAAAGACCAGGAAGGUUCUUUCUUAUGUCUCAGCCCAUACGCAUCCCGAAAUGAACAUCACUUCUGUGGGAGCUUGCUGUGUGCAAGUUGGCUGUCACGAUCCAUACAUUACAUUAGAGAUUACGUUUCAGAAGUACAAGAUCGAAUUUGGCUGUAACUGAAAUUGAGAUGUUCUGAGGUCAUGGACAGUGUUGUAAAAAUGCAAGUUCUUUCUUUCUCACGCUAUGUAGCAGUGUGAUCACCAACCCUGUGUUAGGUUGUGAAGCAAGUGAUUCCUGUUGGAACAUUGUGUGAGAAGUGAGCAGUUUGUCUGAUGCCCUUCUUGAUCAUAGAAUCUGACACCCUCUAUCCAGCCAGUUGGAAGAGGGGAGAAAGUUUGUCCACCACAUGUGUAAUCCUACUAAUGGAGACUCUUGCAUUUUUGG